AUGGGGAACGUUUACUCUCUUAAAGCCGACGAAGAUAAACCCUCUAAGGACCACAAAGAUAAAGCUUCUGAAGACAACGUAGAUAAACCUUCCGAAGACAACGAAGAAAAGCCUUCUGAAGAAACUAAAGAUAUAACUUCUGAAGACACGGAAGAUAUCCCUUCUGAAGACACCAAAGAUAACCCUUCUUCAGACAACGAAGAUAAACCUUCUGAAGAAACUAAAGAUAUAACUUAUGAAGACACGGAAGAUAAGCCUUCCGAAGACACCGAAGAUAAACCUUCUGAAGAAACUGAAGACAACCCUUCUGAAGACACCGAAGAUAAACCUUCUGAAGACACCGAAAUUGUAACUUCUGAAGACAACGAAGAUAAACCUUCCGAAGACAACAAAGAUAUAACUUCUGAAGACAACGAAGAUAAACCAUCUGAAUCCACCGAAGAUAAACCUUCUGAAGAGACUGGAGAUAUAACUCCUAAAGUCAAUGAAAAUAAACCUUCUUCAGACGUCGGAGAUAAACCUUCCCAAAACACCGAAAAUAAACCAUCUGAAUCCACCGAAGAUAAACCUUCUCAUGGCCAGAAAUAUAAACCUUCUGAAGACACUGAAGAUAAACCUUCUGAAGACAACGAAGAUAAACCUUCUGAACACAACGAAGAUAAACCUUCUGAAGACACCGAAAAUAAACCUUCCGAAGACACCGAAGAUAAACCUUCUGAACACACUGAAGAUAAACCUUCUGAAGACAACAAAGAUAUAACUUCUGAAGACAACGAAGAUAAACCUUCUGAAGACACCGAAGAUAAACCUGCUGAAGACAACGAAGAAAAGCCUUCUGAAGAAACUAAAGAUAUAACUUUUGAAGACACGGAAGAUAAGCCUUCCGAAGACACCAAAGAUAAACCUGCUGAAGACANGUCUGUGUGA